AUGGCGCUAACCGGAAAAGGAAACCGAGCUCCCCGCGCCGAAGUAAACAUGGAAAUUCACAGCCUGCGCUCGACGACCCCACGUCUUCCUACCAUGCCACACCUGCGACGACAGCCAAAUCCCCACGACCACCGGGAUCAAGGCCCCAGCGGGCCCGGCAGUCUGCGCACCCAAUUCCAGACCCCGCCGUCGCGACAUACCCCGUCAAACCCUACCCACCGACACCCACCGUCCACAGGCCCGCAGGAAGUGACUCCAGAUCUGGCACCAGUGCCGGUCAUGGCUCAUCCGGGGUCGCAAACGAAUCCUUUCUCUAUCUUCAGGCGACCGCGCCAUGAGCAACAGCCCCCUGAGACUGUGGAGGAAGAGGAGGAGCUUGACGAUGACUACGAUCCGAAUGCGCAGGAUGAGGAGGGGAUUGAAUAUGAUGAUGGAAUGGGUCCUGAGGACCAGUUUGAUCUUGAGGAAGGGAUUGAUGGGCAAGAGGCCGAUGAUAUACUCGAGGAUCAAUUCGAUGAGGAGGAGGAGGAAGAAGGAGAGGAGGACGAGAACGGUGACGAAGACGGUGACGAGGAAAUGCAGGAUCGAGGUAAUAACCACUACCCACCGAUCCCCAUCACCUCUCCCCCUAAUCUCCGCGAAAUCUCAUCCCUCGCUUCAUGGACCGUGUCCACCUCCAAACCCGGUUGCGGCGUCGCAGCUCUACGACACCAUUCCCCCACACAAUACUGGCAAUCAGACGGACCGCAGCCACAUACAUUAACACUCCACUUCUUCAAAUUGGUUGCCGUCGUCCGCAUCCGCGUUUACCUCGACUUCGACCUGGACGAGAGCUACACACCCACUAAAAUGAUCUUCCUCGCCGGCAUGGGGGGCAAUGACCUCGUCGAGUUUGCAACCUGGGAAGGCGACACUCCGUGUGGCUGGGUCGAUGUACCCCUCCAAGGCGUCGGAGGACGCAACGGAGGUUGGGUACGCGAGGAUAUGGUCCGGCACAAGCGUCGAUCUAAAAGCGCCCGCCGACAAACGCGACAAAACGCCGAAAGGGAAGAAGAUGGCGAUUCGGCCAUUGACGAUGACAUUCAGGUUGAGGAGGGUGAUAUCGCAGAGGCCCCCGACGAUCCCUAUGCGGGGAACGUCCUCAAAGCCAUGGUGAUCCAGAUGCGCAUCAUGGAGAACCACCAGAACGGCAAAGAUACGCAUGUCCGCGGUUUCCAGGUUUUCGCAUGCGAUGACACUCGUCGUCGGGUUGCGGCUGCGCCGUCUGCGUCGGCUGAUGGUCGGCACAGACGACAUAGUGCUAGACAGUCGGUUCGUGGAGGGAUCGAUUCAUUGCAUGGUCGGACGGGUAGUGAGGAUAUUGAUACUGGCAGGUUGAUUUCGACUUCUGGGCUGGAUGAGCCGGAUUGGAUGGGUGAGCCGGUGAUUCGGUGA